CACCGAAACUGCUCGCAUGGGCCGUGUCAACAAGACGGACCAAAAGCGCCGGAGCUGGUCUCUUAGAGAAGAAGAAGUUCUAAUCACUGCAUUGAAAGAACUCGUUGCACUUGGCUGGAAAUCCGACAAUGGGUUCCGAGCCGGCUAUUUGAAUAAGCUUGAGGAGGCUUUGAAGAAGGAAUUUCCGAAUACUGACCUCAAGGGAAUGCCUCACAUUAACUCGAAGGUGACAACUUGGAAAAAGACAUGGGGAUCACUGUGGAAAAUCCUCAAAACUAAUGGAGUAGGCUUCAACGUUAACGGGAAGCACAUGAUUGAUUGCGAUGACGAACAAUGGGAUAACUUUGUGAGGGUUGACACUAGCGUCCGCAACUUUCGAUAUAAAAGCUGGCCUUUUGUAGAAGAUUGGAAGCUUAUUUUCGGCAUGGAUAGAGCCAACGGCGAUGAGGCGGAGGACCUCAUGGAGGCGGCCCAUGACAUGUAUCGAAAGUUAGACAUCAACCAACCUCUAGAGGAUAGUGAAUACCAUGUAUCACUUGAGGAUAUCUGCGAGAACGGCGAGACGGGAGACAAUACGGGAGAUAAUGUUAGCCAAACCCAAGGUCGUGAAGAGAGUUUAGUGGCUGAAAAGGAAGCUACAACCUCUAGCAAGAAGAGGCGUCGCAGUUCCGCUUUUGAUGACAGGUUUUUCGAGGCUCUCGCUAACAUAGGCCGUGGCACGGAGUCAAGACUUGAUACAAUAUCAAGUCGGAUGGGUUAUGACUACGAUAUAUCAAAGGCAAGGAAGGCAGUUCGCGCACAGUUGAGUUGUAUUCCGGGGCUUUCGAAGACCGAUACGUUUCAUAUAUGUAACAUGCUUGCUAAGGAGGUUGAGCUUCUCGACGUGUUUUCGAGCCUCGCCGAAGACGAGAAAGAAGAGUACAUGAUGUUCCUACUUGCUUUGAAAAAAUAA